UGGAUGUAAGAGCAAGCUCCUCUCAUAUAACUCUGCUUUAUUUACCAUGGAGCACAGGAACGGCCUAUAAAUGAUUCUGAAUGCCAAAUAGGAAUGACAACCACGCUUGACCCUGUGUCGCUGCUGCAGGUGCGUCGCCCGAAAACGUGAUUAAACGUGCUUCAAGCCGCAGCAUCUCCUUCAUUCUGAGGGCGACAGACACCAACGGCUUUAACAGCUCUAAACUGAAGCUCAUCUGAUUAAAAGAGAAACGUUUCUUUUACUUUUGGUGCUGAGACUAUGGAGAUUAAUUGUGACAGUGCAUUCAUUCCUUGGAUCGGGGGACCUCUGUGCCAGUGACAGGAGGGCGAUUGCUGCAGAUGAUGUACAUUACGCAAGAAUUCGGUAUGGGAUCUUGCGUUUGACUCUUCGUCUUUAUAUAUCAGUUCAUUUAAUUUCUUGGUAAUCUUAAACUGACAAGAUCCUGAGAUAACGACUGUGUGAAUGAUAGACCUCCACAGCAUUAGCCGGCAACCAAUGAUUUUAUAAGUUCCACAUUUUGAAAAAAAAAAAAUGGGGAACAGUUUCUCCAACAUAGCUGCAUUUCAGUCCCUUCACAUUGUGAUGCUGGGCUUAGAUUCCGCGGGGAAAACAACGGUUCUUUACCGUCUUAAAUUCAAUGAAUUUGUUAACACCGUUCCAACCAUCGGAUUUAAUACCGAGAAGAUUAAACUGAGUAAUGGUACGGCCAAGGGUAUAAGCUGUCAUUUUUGGGACGUCGGGGGACAAGAGAAACUGCGACCGUUGUGGAAAUCCUACAGUCGUUGCACAGACGGGAUUAUUUACGUUGUGGACUCGGUGGAUGUUGACAGACUUGAGGAAGCCAAAACUGAACUGCAUAAAGUCACAAAAUUCGCAGAAAAUCAGGGGACGCCGCUUCUUGUGAUAGCAAACAAACAGGACCUGCCCAAGUCCCUACCUGUCUCAGAGAUCGAGAAACAUCUGGCGCUUCAUGAGCUCAGUCCGUCCACGACGUACCACGUUCAGCCGGCAUGCGCCAUCAUCGGCGAGGGUCUGCACGAGGGAAUGGACAAACUAUAUGAAAUGAUCGUUAAAAGAAGGAAAUCUUUAAAACAAAAGAAAAAACGAUAAUAUUUUACGUAGUGAAAACACCAGUGGGGCCAUGAGAUGCAACUUAGCAAGUUGAAGUGGUUUUGUUCUGUGUUUAUUUUCCGGGGGGGGUCUGCUGCUGCUAGUGCCCUAAUGUCUUGCCAGGAGAAAUCCUGAAUGCUAAAUCGUAUAAUGUUCAAAAAUAAACCAAAACAUUCAAAUAAACCACAGAUUUAGCCACCCAUGCACAAAGAAACACAAACACAGACACACAGAGACAAACACACACAAACAGAAUGAAGUAUAGCCUAACUAAACUGCAACUAAGACGUAAAGACAGGCUGGUCCCUGUAUGCUGCUGCUUGGCAGUUGGUCAUCUGUAUAUAAAUGUUGCCUAAUGGUUUUGUUGAAGCGCGAUUGCCGGGGGAGGAUUCAUGUGAAGUUUUCUUUACUCACUUCUGAUUAAAUACUACCGGGUAGUUUUUUUCCUGCUAAAUUUUGGAUGCAUUAUCCCUUAAAAGCUACAGUACAUGCUAACAGCUUGGGACUAUAGGUAUUCUCUCCACUGGCUGUUCUCUUGUUUGAAGUACACUAACAUUGCUUAAGUAGCUUUCACCAGGCAAAGACAUGGUACAUUUAGUUCAGCCACUUCUUUAUUCUUUUCACUCAAAGAUUGUGUAUUACAUCAUAAAUGGAAAUGGGACUGUUUAUGCAUAUAAAGCCAAAAAUACCUGAAAAAUAAAUUGAAUGAUAUUUAAAAUGGA